UAAUACUAGGCCCAAAAACUACUCGAAUCGGCUCGACCCGGAAAAGACAAAACCGAUCCGGAAAAACCGCUAACUGUUGUUGACUUCUGGCUUCUUGUCUGAAUCACACAGAAACACAAACCGUUAUUCUUUUCAACUCCUCGCAACCUCCUCCAAUCAUCGAAAAUGGCAGACAAUGUUUCGCUAGAUCAGUUCUUGGCUGCCGCCGUUGAUGCCGCUCAGAAAGCUGGAGAAGUUUAUCUCUCUUUUUUUCUCUCUCUCUCUCCCAUUGAGUUUGAUCGAUCAAGUGGCUGGUCAUAUUAUUAAAUCUGGAUCCUUUUGGUUUUACAUUGUUCAGGUCACUCGUAAAGGAUUUUACGAGACCAAACAUGUUGAACACAAAGGCCAGGUGGAUCUGGUGACGGAGACUGAUAAAAAAUGUGAAGAACUCGUGUUUAAUCAUCUCAAGCAGCUCUUUCCCAACCACAAGUUCAUAGGAGAAGAAACAACAGCUGCGAAUGGUGUGAGUGAGUUAACAGAUGAACCAACUUGGAUUGUUGAUCCUGUUGAUGGAACUACAAAUUUCGUUCACGGGUUCCCUUUUGUGUGUGUUUCCAUUGGCCUUACUAUUGGGAAAGUCCCUGUGGUUGGCGUCGUUUUCAAUCCUAUUAUGGAUGAGCUAUUCACCGGUGUCCAAGGGAAAGGAGCCUUCUUAAAUGGAAAACCAAUCAAAGUGUCAACUCAAAGUGAACUUGUAACCGCUUUGCUCCUAGCAGAGGCGGGCGUUAAACGAGAUAAAGCUACAUUAGACGAUGCAACCAACAGGAUCAACAGUUUGUUAACCAAGGUUAGGAACGUCAGGAUCUGUGGCUCUUGCGCACUGGAUCUCUGCAGUGUGGCGUGUGGAAGGGCUGAUAUCUUCUAUGAAAUCGAAUUUGGCGGUCCAUGGGACGUUGCAGCAGGAGUUGUGAUCGUGAGAGAAGCUGGUGGACUUAUUUUUGAUCCAUCCGGUAAAGAUUUGGACAUCACAUCACAGAGAGUUGCGGCUUCAAACGCUUCUCUCAAGGAGUUGUUCGUGGAGGCGUUGCGGCUUACAAAUGUUAUAUUUCUCUUUAUUACGGCACACACUUAUUUUGAAAAGAUUAUACACAAAACAACUUGUAAUAAGUAGGCUAAUAUACAAAACAAUUAGCUCUC